AUGGAACCAUUAAAUGCCUUGACCACUCUGGUUCGAAAGCCGUCUGCUCAGAUCGCGGAUAUCUCGUCGUCGUCCCAGGCCUCUACAGUACUUUGCAAUGCAUUUGAUUUUGAGGUGUGCCCAUCGGUUUUUAAGCUCUACACAUACAUUCGCUCGCACCCGUUAGUGGUUCGCCACCUGCGACUGGUAGACGAAAGCGAUGAAAUUCAGAAUCAUUUAAGGCUCUUGGAUAGGCGCUUGUAUUUCCGUACUGCAUAUCACUACAAUACCAUCGGCUGUCCCGCCCUCACACUCGAGGUUCUUAGUAGGCUCCCUCAUCUCCCUCCUGCUGAUGUUGUUAGAACCGAUGGGCGAAAAGUUGAUUUACCUGUCCCCGAUUCAAAAAAUUCGAGUGGGGGAGCGGAGUUGACCUUUUUUGAACCAAAUGAAGAUGCCAGAGCUCUUGUCAGUGAUAGUGAUUUCAAAGUGGUCUGGAGUGAUGAAGAAGACGAGGAGGAGAAGUGCGGCGAUUUUGCUGAGGUCACUGACUCAUCAUCCAAUCUAUCUUCCACCAUAAAAUCCACGACAUUUCGACACAGCGCUACUCCUGGCAACUCAGUCUCCAAUCAUUUUCUCCAAAAUGUUGAUGACGAUGCUCAUUUUACUCGGAGCUUCGAAGUUCACUUUUCUGUGUCAGCCUCAUCUACACUGGUUUCUCAUGGCAGUGUUAUAGAUUCCAACCAACGGCUUGCUGAAAUUUCAAAGUCGAACUCUGUAGACCUCUAG